UUUUUGGGUUGCAAAAUAAAAAACAACAAAUAUCACAUCAGAAAGCGAUUUAAAGAAAGUAAAUUUUUAGAAAUUAAAAACAAGUGAAAAGGCUGAAAGAAAACUAUGAAAUUUUGCACAUUUUUGAUAUUAAUUGGUUUAAUCCAGACGACAUGGACGAAAGAGGCCAAGGAAACUAAGAAGAAUCACACGACGUUUGUGGCCACCCAUGAAUGGCAAGAAAUUGAAGAGGGUCAAGGCAUCCCUCAGGGUUUACAUGUGCGUAUUAAUUUGCAAACAGGUAAAAAGGAAGCCAAGCUUUUGGAUGAAUCACAGGAAGAAUAUGAUAAAGAUAAUGAGCACAUUCAAAGAGCUGUGCACAAAGAUGGUGCACUGUCAAUUUUGCCGGACGAUAAUGGUGGAAACGAAGAUGAAGAUGGUGAUAGUAAUGGAAAAGCUAAGAAGAAAAUCAAACACUUAGAUGAGGCCUUUAAAAGGAUUGGCAUUGACUAUGACCCAGAAGAAGGGGGAACCAAAGCAAAGCGAGAGUUUCGUUCCUACGAGGAACUGAAGAAGACAUUUGAAGGCAUGCGCAAAGCUUUUAAAUCGGAUGCCGAAAUUAUAAUACAAUUUAUUGAAGAAUUUCGCAAUGCCACCAAGGAGAGCAAGGAUGCUGAUGCCCGCAUUAAGAUACAAACUCAGAUAUUGGAAAGUUUUAAUUAUCUCAUGUCUCAGUAUGAUAAUGCCCUACUGUUUGUGGAACAAGGUGGCUUGGAUCAUGUUAUUUUGCCUACUCUAGUCAAUGUGUCUUACACUCAUGUGGGCCUAAAAGUAGAGGCCAUGAGGGUAUUGGGAGCCAUGUCCCAGAAUAAUCCCAAGGUGCAAAUUAAAGUAUACGAAAGGAAUGUGGGAUCACAUUUGACACAAAUUCUGAUGACCUCUACACGCACUGAAGAGCUUUCUACGGCUCUGUAUGCUUUCAGUAGCCUAUUAAGAAAAUUUCCACAUGCCCAACAACGUAUUCUCUCCACAUCGGGCACACAGGCCUUGGUGUCAGUGUUGAGCAAAGAUUGCGAUUUAAAAAUUAAAGCAAAAGCUGCCACACUAAUCAGUGACAUUGUUUUGGAAAAGGAGUUGGUUCUAUCCAAAUCCACGGUGGAUGAUGAUCCCCUGGCUGCUGCUCAAUAUGCAGAACUAAGUUUCCCAGAAUGGUUGCAGGCCAACUCAUACUGUGAAACAAUGGACGCUCUGGUCACAUCGAACUUAUACGAUUUUCUAGAGGCUCCCGACAUUCUAGAAUAUUUUAUACACUCUCUUGCCAAUACAAAAUCCUUUUGUUCACUACUCUGGUCUCAAAGUCCACAACUGCGGCAUGUUCUAUUGACUUUGAGGAAUCGUUAUUCCCAAUCGGAGGAUGAAUACCGUUUGGAAAUCUCUCAACUGCUAAACAAAUUAAUAGAUCAAUUGUAUCCCGAGACCGUACGGCAUGAUGAAUUCUAAAUGGUGUUUGCAAAGCGUUCCAUGUCUAUGUGUGAACUUUUUGAAGGCUGUUUUUUCCUGUUAAGUAUAACUUUUAUAGUAAUUUAUUUUCCUUAUUUUAAAACAUUAAUUCCUCUAGUAUGCAAUUUAAAGACUUAAAACUAUUUUUUCCAUUCGUAUUGGCUUAGAACAAAUCAAAAGUUGAAAAACUUAAGUUCCAUAGGAUUUGAAAACUAUCAUUAAUUUUUUUUUUUGAUUUAUUUGAAACAAACUAAAACCAGGUGCAAGGCAAAUGCCCACUGUUUGGUAUAAUUUAUUUUCUUUUUUUUCCUAUUGUCUAUUUAAGUGUUGAGGUGUUCGUGGCACAAAUGAAAACAUAAAAAAUACACACAAAAUAGAACUCA